CACAAAAGAGAAGAAGAAAAGCUGUUCGGCCUGCUCCUCCUCCUCCUCCUCCGCUGCUGCUCCUCCGCAUUCCAUCCCGGCCAGUGAGAACGCGGCGCUCAGGCUUCAUGGAGGUGAAGCAGAGCGGGGCGACGACAGCAGAGCUCAAAAUGUCCAGAUGACGACAAGCGACUAAGCCCAAAAUGCUGACUUAACCUGAUCGAGUGACAGCUCAGAGACACGUCCGUCCGCCCGCCGCCCAUGUCCGUGCAGCCAUGCUGCUGAGGAAGAAACUGUGUGUUGCCGUGGUGAUCGCUGCCAUCCUCAUCCUCAUGCUCGCUAGUCAGGGAAUCCACAAGAGACAUUUCCAGCUGCCGUUAGCCCUGCCCAACAGCCGGACCACGAUAACAAGCAGGGAGGCAGGAGUCAGACCCACAGCGUCUCAUGCUCACCAGAUCCAUGAACCGACACCCAGUCCUCCCAAAACUCUCCUGUCUGAAGCCGAGGAUGAAAUCAUAAAGGGGGAGGGAGAGAAGCAGCUCAUAGAGAAGCCUGAUUCCAGCCAGAGGCCCUGUGGUUGUUCUGAGUCUUGCAUUUCUGACCUGGAUGGUUCGAAGUGGUUCGCUCAGCGCUACGAUCCUAAACAGGAGCCCGUCCUCCGAUACAAAAACAACAAGUUUGACCCCGAGGCUCUGGCAUGGUGGCUGAGUCUGCAGCGAUCCCGUAACGAUCAAACCUUAGAGGAAAUGAUGUCGGAGAUGUUUAAGGUCAUUGCCCCGCCCACUGUGGACUACAGGCCCCUCCCCUCCCGGUGCCGCAGCUGUGCUGUGGUCGGCAACUCCGGCAACCUGCGGCAAUCCGCACACGGCAACCUGAUCAACUCGCAUGACACCGUGAUCCGGAUGAACAAGGCGGUGACUCGAGGGUUUGAAAACGAUGUGGGGAACCGGACGACGCAUCACUUCCUGUACCCGGAGAGCGCCGUCGACAUCGAGCACGGCGUCAGCCUCGUUCUGCUGCCGUUCAAACUCAGAGACAUGGAGUGGGUGACGAGCGCAUUAUCGACCGGCCAGGUCAAAAUGACCUACAUGAGGGUUAGGGAGAGAAUCAACGCUGAUAAAGACAAGGUUCUGGUGGUGAACCCCGUGUUUUUCAAAUACGUUCAUGAUCACUGGACGGAGCAUCACGGCCGCUAUCCGUCCACCGGCAUGAUGGCCAUCGUCUUCGCUCUUCACAUCUGCGACCAGGUGUCGGUGUUCGGUUACGGCGCGGACCAGCAGGGGAACUGGCAUCACUACUGGGAGGACAAUCGCUACGCCGGAGCCUUCAGGAAGACGGGCGUGCACAGCGCCGACUUCGAGACGGAGGUCAUCCACCAGCUCGCCAAGGAAGGCAAAAUCAGCCUGCACCUGUGACCACUCGGCUGCGGGGACGCGUUCCCGCGAACCGGCGGCACCAAGCACCCAAAUCUGAGCCAGCUCUGGACCGCGUCUGACUCUGCUUUAGGGACCUUUUAAGAAGAAUCCGAUCCUGCAUUGUCUCUUUAUCAAUCACCACAUCUGCCUUGCUUGGUAGAGGGCGCUGUUGAGCCUGUGGAAGCAGCUUUGGGGUGGAUGGGUAAAAGAACUCCACUUCAGUUUAAAGAAUCAGACGUUUUUUGGAGCCGUCCUGCCGUCUGCGACUGCUGGGAUCAACCACGAAGAAAGCUUUGCUCUGAGCGGGAAACAACCACAGACCUUUCACUUAUUUUUUUAUUGGAUUUUAUAGACACAGAUUUAGCCUCUUUCUUUUUUGUUUUUCUUUUAAAUGAAAGCACUUUGCCUUGAAGAAGGAACUGUUCACUGAGUCUGUCUUGUGGCUUCGCUGCGCAGCCACAUCGUUGCAUUUUUUAUCGUUUAUAAUCCAUCCUUUUAUUCUAAGUGAAUUUUUAUCACUAGCCGUCCUGACCUGCAGGAAGCCAACUGAAGAUAAAGGUUUUGUUUUGUUUUUGCCAUUUCAGACUGUAAGCCAAUGUUACACUUCCUGUUACGGCCAAAUAUGGACCUGGAGGCAACAAGGAGGAGAAAUCUGUUUGUUUGUUUGUCUUUCUGUUGGUUUUUCUAUUCUGCAGGGUUUCAAUUGAUUUCAUUCAACAAAAAAAGAGUAAAUUAUUAGUUUUAAAAGUGUGAUAGUAAAUAAUCACUUUCCAGAUCGCUGGUUUAAGUAAUAAAAACAAAUUCAUAGUUGAUGUGAGAGAUGCUGCAGACUGUUAAACCGUAGUAGCAAACAUGUAUCAGCUUAUUGGAGCAAGAAAACAAAGAGAUUUCAACACAUUCUAUCAAAUGACACGUCUAUAAGUAGAAGAUUUAGUGCAAUUUCCAGAAAAGUCCAACCAAAAAUAACCACGUGAGCGAUACUGUGAAUGUACAAAGGAGAUAUCAGAUUGUCCAUUGCAGUCAUCUGAAUGUUUACACUGUGAGGAGCUUCGACACCUUUUCACACUCAAGAUGUAAAAGACUUUCCCCUAUAAAUUCAAUUUUAGCUCAAUUUUUUAUUUUUCCUUUUCUGAAUGCUACAUAUCGCAGAAACAAGCUGGUGUCGGAUUAUAUGUAGCGGGGAUGCACGAGGCCUUCACUGCUGGAUUAACACACACAGGGAGUUAAAACAGAAGGUCUUUAUGCAAAACUAUAAGAAGGAUAAAACAUGUAGCAAGGAGAUCACCAACAAAACACAUUUAGGUUUACACUUUAUUUGCUCUCUGCUGGUAGUUUGCUGAAUAUUGAUAAAUGUCUCAUAUAACCCCACUCCUAAUAAUCCGGUCCGCUCUUCAAAGAUUAAAACAUUUUUUAGAGAAAGGAAACAGUUUAUUAGAUUAUGAUGUCUAUAUGAGUUAUAUGCAAUUUUAAACUUUAAGUUUUAUGUUUUGGAAUUGUCAUUAUCAGUAAAAAAAAAAAAAAAUCUGUAUUUUGGUGGUAAAGAUGAAAGUGUAGUAGCUGAUGUGCCUUUUAGCUGUAAGAAUGUGCAUU